AUGGGCUCUUCCGAGAACCGGCAGACAGCCAGGAAAGAAAAAGAGCCUGUCUUCAUACCAGAUGACAUAGAAGACGCUCUGAAGGUUGCACCGGAAGCUCGAGACUACUCGGGUGCUCACGCAAAGUAUGAUCCAGCCGAAAUUGCUCUCGUGCGACGCCUCGACUGGAUGAUUAUGCCAAUCUUGUGGGGCAUGUACUGGCUCAACUACCUGGACCGCAAUGCCAUUGCGCUUGCUAGACUAAAUACCCUCGAGGAAGACCUCAACCUCUCGUCCACGGAGUACCAGACCUGCGUUUCCAUCCUCUUCGUCGGAUACGUCAUCGUCGGCAUCCCCGCCAACAUGGUCGUGACGCGCGUCCGCCCUAGCUUGUGGAUGAGCUCUUGCAUGGCCGUCUGGGCCAUCAUCAGCGCCCUUACCGCGAUAAGCCAGAACUACACCGGCUUGCUUCUCACCCGGUUCUUCCUUGGAAUCACCGAGGCUCCGUACUACCCCGGUGCUCUCUACGUCCUGGCAACUUUUUACACUCGCAAGGAAUUGGCAACGAGGAUCUCGAUCCUUUACACGGGCAAUAUCCUCGCCACGGCGUUUGCGGGGCUGAUUGCACUCGGGAUCUUCCAGAUGCACGGAAUGGCCGGUAUCGAAGGAUGGAGAUGGCUCUUCAUCAUUCAAGGCGUCGUCACCUUCAUCAUAGCCGUUAUCGCUUACUUCGUCCUGCCCGACGAGCCUCUCACAACUCGCUGGCUCACCCCCGAAGAACGUAUCCUCGCCAACGAGCGCAUCCUACGCGAUACGGUCGGCAACACCGGUCAGACGACAACCUGGUCGGGACUCCUCGAGGCGGCCAAAGAUCCCAAAGUGUGGUUGUUCACGCUCAUGCAGCACUGCCACCUCGGCGCCAACGGCUUCAAGAACUUCUUCCCCACGGCCGUCGAGACGCUCGGCUUCAACGAAACUAUCACGCUGGUCCUGACCUGCCCCCCGUAUCUCAUUGCGGGGGUCAUUUCUAUCGCGUGGUCUUGGUCUUCGGGGAAAUUCAACGAGCGGACUUGGCACAUUACCAUCGCCAAGGCCGUCGCAGUCUUUGGGUUCAUCUUGGGCUGUGCAACUCUCAACACUGGUGCCAGAUACUUUGCCAUGGUGGUUUUCAGCGUGGGAACAUACGCCGUGAACUCCAUCAUCCUGGGCUGGGUAUCCGCCACGUGCUCUCAAACCAAAGAGAAGAAGGCCUCCUCCUUGGCCAUCGUCAACUGCAUCGCCGUGGCUUCCUUCAUAUGGACGCCGUACAUGUGGCCCAAGUCCGACGAGCCUCGGUACGUCAUGGCCAUGUCUUCCAGCGCGGCUCUGAGUGUCGCGACUGCACUUGGUGCGUGGGCAAUGCGUUUCUGGCUCAUGCGCGAGAACAAGAAGAUCAGGCGUUCCGAGAACGAAAGCGUUUUGUUCUACGCGUACUAA